AAAGAUCCCAUCGAUCGUAACAUCAGUAGACCGAUCAUGUUGGAGUACGAAUGGGGAAACCCUGCAGCCGCAGCAGCGGCGAUGCUGCUGUUCGGCGAAGAGCUCGGCAGCUAUCAGAGCCACCCUGAUCAAGUGCAGCACCACCACCACCAAGUAUUUGAUAAUUUUGAUCACGGACUGGGCAUGGAUUUCUUCCAUCAGCAGCCCCAGCCACAGCAAAUUUCUGCCGCCGCGCUGCUCACGACUGCGGCGAUGACGCCAGCGCCAGCGAGGAUAGGGCUGAACCUUGGAGGGAGGACGUACUUCUCGUCGGGGUCACGUGAGGAGGAAAUGAUGAUGAUGGCGGCCGCGGGGAGGGUAUGUGGUAGGAGGAGGACGAGGACGGCGAGGUGCCAGGCGGAGGGAUGCGGCGCUGAUCUUACUCAUGCUAAGCAUUACCAUCGGCGUCAUAAGGUUUGCGAGUUUCAUUCCAAGGCUUCCAUCGUUAUCGCUGCGGGGUUGUCGCAGCGUUUCUGUCAGCAGUGCAGCAGGUUCCAUGUCCUGGCCGAGUUCGACCAAGGAAAACGCAGCUGCAGAAAAAGGCUUGCAGACCACAACAGGCGCAGGCGAAAAUCUCAAGAUCUAUCAACAGCAAUAGCAACAACACCAACACCAACCAUCAACUCUCAAAACUCCAACAAUAGCAGUACUGAUCAUAAACCCGUGAUGAUCACUGAAACAAAACCGGACACAAUCUCUUCGUUGACGAAUACUUCAUCUCCACCGCAACCACCGAAAAAUAUCUCGGCACCACCGAUGGUGCUUGGGCUCGGCUGUGGGCGAUUACCGUCAGCGGCCACAGGCUCUCGCCUCUUCAUCGACCGGAUCAUCGCACCACCAGAGUGUGUCAUUUCUGCUCACUCGAGGAGUUUCGUGGGCAUGAACACCGGUUGA